GUCAGAGAGAGAAAAUUAAUGAACGAAGGCGGUUGGCGGUUGAACUUUUUACUACAUUACGUCGUAGUUGUGACUUAUAUAAAAACAGUAUUUCGCGGUUUAUUAAACGCAAUUACGCGGGAAAGUAAUAUUCAGUAAUAAUUACCAUUAAUUUUGAAUCGAGAUUAAUUACAAAGAGACUUCAGAAUUAUUUUGUACUUAAGUGUGUGAAAAAAACUGUUGGAGGAAGUUAAUUUGCCAAAAUGCCUCGACUGAGAUCGAGGCGGACGACAAAAGAAAACAUUGAUGGUCCUGAGGAGACAAAGUCACCGAAAAAUCGCGGUACAGCGGCGUCUAGAGGUGCGGCGAAACAAAAAGGUAAUGAUGAUAAUUUGAUUGCUGUUAAUGCGUUAGCGAUGUUAAAAUCGCCAGUUCUGCGGGACAGAACGAAUUUGAUAACAACACCCACGAAAAAUGAUGUUUUGAAAAAAGGUAUCGCGGACAAGGAAGCUGGUGAUGAGGUGACCACUAAGUCUGAGGUGACAGCUACGAGAACGAGGCAGAAGAAGAUUGAGGAGGCGAAGGAUGUCAAAACUGCGGUUGGAAGAACGAGAACUAGAGGAAAUGAUCAUGAUGAUGUACCAGUUAAAGCAGCUGAGAAUAAAAUUUCUAAAAGUAAAACUAAUGUAAAAAAACUUCCAAUGGAAAAAAGAACGAGGCUGGUUGAGAAAAAAUCAGAAUCUAAAGUUAGUACUCGAGCUAAGAAAGUCGGUGCUGCUAAAGAUAAAUUAAAGCCUUUGGGGAAAGAUUCUGAUGAUGACUCAAAAGAUGUCGAGGAAAAUUUAUCUUCUAAUGAAGCUAAUGGUGAUGAAUUAAAUGAUUCGUUACCUGAAAAUAAUGAAGACGUGCCUAAAGUUGUCAAAAAAAAAUCAGCUGGUAAAAAGAAAGUCAGUGUAGCUUUUAAUAAGCGAUCUUUACGAGCUCGUAAGACUGAGGAAGUAAAUGAACUUAAAGAUGAUGAAGAAAAAUCAGCUGAUGAAGAUGACAAUGAUCAAUUAGAGGAUUCAGCUUUUGAAAUUGCUGAUAAUAAGGCUGAAGAUGUUAAAAAACAAUCUGAUAAUAAAAAGAAGGCCAGUGUAACUUUUAAAACACGAUCUUCACGAGCUCGUAAGACUAAAGAAGUUGAUAAACCAAAAGAUGAUGAAGAAAAAUCAGCUGAUGAAGAUGACAAUGAUCAAUUAGAGGAUUCAGCUUUUGAAAUUGCUGAUAAUAAGGCUGAAGAUGUUAAAAAACAAUCUGAUAAUAAAAAGAAGGCUAGUGUAACUUUUAAAACACGAACUUCACGAGCUCGUAAGACUAAAGAAGUAAAUAAAGCAAAAGAUGAUAAAAAAUCAGCUAGUGAAGCUGAUAAUGAUCAUUCAGAAGAUUCAUCUCCCGAAACUGAUGAACGCGAGUCUCAAGAAUCAGGCAAACCAACAGGAAAGAAAUUUUUCAAAACAAUUGUUCCUACAGCUCAUUAUAAACUCUCUCCUGUAAAGAAAAAGAGGUUAGCUGCAAAGCAAAAAAAUGUCUGGGGUCAAAAAGUUCGUGGAAAAGUUGCUGAUCCAAGAAUGAGUGCUUCUUUUCGUUUAAGACAAACGACUAUCAAAGAAUCGUUGGCUAAUGUUUCAAAAAAGGCUCUGAGAGCUCGGCCUCCGAGGAAAAGCAAUGAAAAUUCGCCUAACAAAAAGAUUGUGAAGAAAAGAGGACCAGUUUAUAAAGAAAUAAUUGACGAUGGUAUUAGUAAAAAAAAUAGCCCAGAUGAAAUUUAUGAAUUUAGUUAUGACUUGAAUGAUUCUAAGGAACGGAAGAUUAUUCGUAAAAGGAAAAUUACUCGCAAAGCUCCGGUCAAACGAAAUAAAGCAUCAGCAAAAACAAAGAAGACUGUUAACAAAAUAGAGGAGCCGCCAGCUGUAACAACAAAAAAAAUUAACACGAAUCAGCCAGUAAUUCCUGCUAGUAUUCCUGAAGAUUCUGCUGAAACUCACCAAAUUAAUAUUACAGUAGCAGCAGAAGUUUAUGAUCCUCCAAGUCCAGGUCCAAGUCCAGAGCCAUUCUUUGGAGAUGAGCCUUUUACAACUGUGGAUGAACAACCGAAAAAAUCACGACCGGUAGUGAUUUCUUGUCAAGAGUUGAGUGCUGAAAAUCGUAUCAAUUGGACAACGACUCCGGUACAGCCGAAGCCAACAGAAAAAGAAUCUUCAGGACCUCGUCAGUACGGUCAGAGACCGUCGAAGCAAAUGAAGACCAUGCUGGACACUUCUCUGAUCAGACGAUCUCUCUCACCGAUCUCAAAGGCGAAUCCUACCCCUUUUAUUGAAGAUGCUGGCAGUCCGUGGCGUCUUGUUCCUAUUAGUUCAUUCUCUCGUGUGAAAAAUGUCUUCCAGAGUACUCCUCAGGGGAAGAAAUUUACUACGCUGUUGGGUAAGGCUUCAGCUGCUGAAAACAAACGCUUAAGCUCGAAUAUGGAUAAAAUUGAAGAAUCUCAUGAUGAAAAUCCAGACACGAAGCAAAAUAACUCAGCGGAAGAUGUGCAAAUUAAUAAUUCUAAAUCACCUAGAAAAUUCGGCACUGAGAUUUCUAAUAUUAAUAAUGUUAAAGGGAUUAAUCAAGCGGGAAUAAGUCCGACAAAGUCUCCCAGGAUGUUUGGAACUGACCUUUCGAAUUCAAAUAACUCGUCACCAGCAAAAAGCCCUCUUAAAAAAUUGAGUAACUCAUUAUCGGCAACGAGUCCGCUUAAGAAAAAAUUGAGUAAUUCUUCAUUGGCAACGAGUCCGCUUAAGAAAAAAUUGAGUAACUCUCCAUUGGCUACAAGUCCACUCAAGAAAAAGCUUUCUAAGUCUUUGGUACUCAGUGAAAACAGAUCAAUCAGUAGAGAGAAAAUAUCUGUUACAAAUACUUCUAUUAUUGAUAGAGAGAUUUCUGUACAGAAAGCUUCGGAUGAUGAAACUUUAGACAAAGAAAAUUCAGCGCCGAAUUUGCAAAGUCCAAGCAAAACUCCGAGAAAAAAUAGGUCGGUUGGCAGCAGUUUUGAAAGUCCAUUUAAAGGUUUUCCUAGUGAGAAACCUGUUGAGGAUUCAAGUCUUGGUAGUCCAUUCAAAGGCUUUCUAAGUGAACCUCCUGCUUCUGUUGUAACUGAAAUAAGACAAGAUUCAAAUCUUAGAAGUCCGUUCAAAGGUUUUCCUAGUAAUAAACCUGUUGAGGAUUCAAGUCUUGGUAGUCCAUUUAAAGGCUUUCCAAGUGAAUCUCCAGCUUCUGCUAUAACUGAAAUAGGACAGGAGCUAUUACCAGAAAUUGAAACUCAACCAGAGACUGAAUCAAGACCAGAGAUUGAAACUCAACCAGUCAUUGAACCUCAACCAAACAUUGAAACUCAUCCAGAGAUUGAAG